AUGUCUAGCCUCCCCAAGUCCAUGAAGGCUCUCCAGUACUCCAAGCCGCGGGAGUACGGCAUCGUUGAUGUCCCUCUACCCGAGCUUCGAGAUGACGACGUCUUGGUCAAGGUCAAGGCUUGCGGUGUCUGCGGGACUGACCUGCACAUCCACGAGGGAGAGUUCAUCGCCAAAUUUCCCUUGAUCCCCGGCCACGAGACGAUUGGUGUGUGGUCCGGCCACGGCACUACUCUGAGUGGUGGAUUCGCCGAGUACUGUGCCUACCCCCAGGGCAAGGUCUUCAAGAUCAAGAACAUCAAUGAUGUUGACGCCACUCUGAUCGAGCCUGCAUCAUGUGCUUGCCACGGCCUGGACAAGAUCCGCCCACGGCUCGGCUCCAGCGUGUUGAUGUUCGGCGCCGGACCUACCGGAUUAAUGCUCGCCCAGCUCUUGAAGCAGAACGGAUGUAGCCAGGUCACUAUUGCUGCUCCUGAGGGACUGAAGAUGAACUUGGCCAAGGAGCUCGACGCUGCCGAUACUUACAUUGAGCUUUCGCGGAAGGACAGCCAGCCACAGCUCGAGCAGAUCAAGAAGGACAACCCUUACGGGUUUGACAUUGUUGUCGAGGCCACCGGAUCAGUGAAGCUCCUUGAGGAUGCCAUCAACUACUGCCGCCGUGGAGGUACCCUCGUCGUCUACGGUGUCUACCACAACGCCGACCGUGUGUCUUGGGCCCCGACAAAGAUCUUUGGUGACGAGAUCCGCAUUAUCGGGUCCUUCUCCGAGGUCCACAUGUUCCCGCAAACCGUUGACUAUCUCGACAAUGGCAAAAUCAAGACGAAGGGCAUUGUCAACAAGACGUUCAAGCUGGAGCAGUUCGGCGAGGCUCUGGAGUCGAUCAAGAACAAGAGCGCCAUCAAGGCCGCCAUUGUGUUCGACUGA